AACUCUGAAAUUGAAGCCAUGAUGGAGCUGCUGGGUUUAAGGUAGUUCAGCGCUCCUCUUGUGUGUCUGCAGGUCUGUGUGAGAGCGCGUCCUGCGGCGAAGUGUUUCUGUUGGCCUCGGGAGCGCUGGCGAACAUCACCUUCUUCGACAGCAUGGCCUGUGAAAUCCUCCUGCAGCUCAACGCCGUUCACAUCCUGCUGCAGGCCUGCAGAGACCGGCAGCGCGUCGACACGGCGUACUCCAAAGACCAGGUUGUGACGAUCCUUGCCAAUCUGUCAGUUCUGGAGCAAUGCACCGCAGAUGUCCUGGAGGAGAAGGGAAUCGAGCAGCUGUUGGUGUUGCUGAAUGAGAAGCCCUCGUCCUCCAGUCCAUCGGAGGGCGCCGCAUGCGAGCGUGUUCAACAGAAAGCUGCCGUCACACUGGCUCGUCUCAGCAGAGACCCGCUGGUCGCUCAGACCGCCAUACAGCUCCGGGGUACGAGAAAAACUCUUUAGCGAUGCUCAAAACAACCAGACCUGAUAUCGUUACACAACUCAAAGCAAGUGUCAAAUACUGCACAAGCUUAUCUGAGAAGAAAACAGAUCUUGGAUGUCUGAAGUUCCCACAGAGGAACCAUGUGUAAAUCAAAUACUGUACAUGAGACAACAUACAGUAAAUAAUGCUCAGCAUCUCUUUAGCGUUUAGUAUCUUAUCAAUUAAGAGAUUAUUAAUGCUGUGGCCUGAUCUUUAGG